AGUUGGUCGAGGAAGAUAGUCAGCAACAAUGUUCACCCCAAAACACUGCUGUUGUUUUUGUUGGGAAUGAUGAUAAUGAUGAUGGAAUUUCUAAUAACAAAAAUCCUUCAAAUAUCAUGACCAUGUCUGAUAUAAAAUGUUCAACAUCCGCUCAUCGAGGAUCUGAUCGUAGCAGUGCAAGCAGUAAUCUGACAAUCACAUCAAAUGUCAGCAACAUCAGUACAUCUAAUAGAAUGACAGGAGUCGUGGAAAGAAGACUAUCUGCUAACUAUCGUACACCUGCUAUCGAUUUGUUGCCACCACCUCGAGCUUCAUCCCAAUCAAUCACGAAAAAAAUUUCGAAUACCAGUUGUACCUCUUCUGGACAUCAUCAUCAUCAUAUAAAGAAUCCAUCAUCACGGGUCAUCAUUAAUCGACAGCAAUCGAACAUAUUGAAAUCUGUCAAGCAACAAACAGACACUAGUCGAGGAUCUGUCAAUUCACAACAACAAUCGUCGACAGCUUCAUUGGCUUCGUCAGCUUCAUCGUCGACAUCAGCUGCACCAUUGACCUCUGCGGUGAAUCAAAAUCGUCAUCGAUCGGCACCUUCACAGCAAGUGAUGGCAACACGUAAUCAUAUCGAGAUCUCGCCACAAUCAAAAAAUCGCCAUCAAACAAAAAUUAUUCCAUUGACAACAAGAAAAGGUGUCCAUAAAUGUAUAUUAGAUAAAUCGGUCAAAUCAUUUAGUAAAGGUGCACAAUGCGACAAUGUGAAUUAAAAUAAAUUGAAUGUUGAAUGGGAUCUUUUCUCGACCAACUCUCGACAUGAUUGGACAUCGGUUUACCCACAUUUCAAUGAAUAUACCAAUCAUAUCAAAUUAAAUUUGAUUGAUUGAUUGAUUGAUUAUAAUAAUUAUUAUUAUUGAAAAUGCAACUUCUCCAUAAUAUUAUACAUAUACAAGUGAUAUAUUUCUAGGAAACACAAAAAGGUAUAUAUAUAGAUAAAAACAUUUUCACACAUUUAUCGCAUGCACAAACACACACACACAAAGAGCUCUAUUCUAA